UUUGGCCUUAUUGGCUGAUUUUUGCUCGUGCAUAUGGCGAAUGGAUGGUGCAUCGAAAGCCUGGUGCGUUCAGUCGUGCGUCAGACACAGAGGUCCUCCCCUUGUGUUUCUAUGUUACUGCCCCCCUCUCUCGCUCUCUAUCCCCCUCCCUUCCUCUCUUCUCUUCUGGCAUCCCCCAUCCCCCAUCGCUUUAUGUGCUUCCAUACAGCCUGAAAAUCAACCGGAGGAGGAAACCUUCACACUCGCGGAGAAUAGACUGACCCUCAGCAACCCAGAAGAUCGCUUAUAACCCGGAUCACAGACUGGAUCAGAGUGACCCAUCCAAACCAUCUCGCACUGAUUUGCAUAUCCAUUCUUCCUACCUCCUUCAUUUGCCUUUCCUUCACUGAGAAUGGCAAGCGGGCAUUCCACUGACAAAUUCAGUUUUCUGUACCCAACAGACACCAGUCAGAACGUUAAGAGUAAGAACAGGCUGUCUUCCACCAUGAACCCGGUGUACAGUCCAGUGCAGCCGGGAACCCCAUACGGAAACCCCAAGAAUAUGGCAUACACAGGUUAUCCUGGAGUUUACCCUACGACUGCCCCGACCUACACAGCCAACCUUUACCAGACAGGUAGCCCGGGAUACCCACCAGUGCUGCUGGUGAAGCAGGCCUGGCCCCAGACGGCAUCUGCUCCGGGGCCCGCAGAAGGCUCCUAUGACCUGGCCAUGGACGCUGGCUCAGAGAGCAGGCAGUACCAGGCCUCAUCUACAGCAUUCAGAUAUACUGCAGGAACACCUUAUAAAGUGCCCCCUACUCAGACCAAUGGAGCCCCUCCGCCCUAUUCCCCGUCUCCUAACCCCUACCAGACGGCCAUGUACCCUAUUAGAAGUGCCUAUCCCCAGCAGAACCUCUAUGCUCAGGGUGCUUAUUACACGCAGCCAGUGUACGCUGCCCAGCCUCAUGUAAUCCACCACACCACCGUGGUCCAGCCCAACAGCAUCCCCUCCGCCAUCUACCCCGCUCCUGUACCCGCGCCCCGCUCCAACAGCAUGGCCAUGGGCAUGGUGGCCGGAACAACGAUGGCCAUGUCUGCCGGAACGCUGCUGACCACCCCCCAGCACACUCAGAUCGGAGCACACCCCGUCACCGUGCCAACGUACCGACCCCAAGGAACACCUGGGUACAGCUACGUGCCACCUCACUGGUAGAGCCCACCUGCCAAUCAUAUCUGGAGUCAAACAUUGUAUGCAACUACUCAAAUCUUACAUCGGCGCUCUGUGCUCAACAGUGAGGCGCCACGUCUGUUUGCAAGAACAAAAAGAGAAAAAAAGUGCAAGGGCCACUUUAUGCAUUCUUACGUGUUUUUGUAAAAGCUGCUUUUUAUCUUUUUAUUUAAUUUUGAUUUUUUUUUUUCUCUCUUUUUUUUUGGGGGGGGGGGGGGGGGGGAAUGAUGUUCUUGCAUUAGGUUAUUUUAAUUCUUCAUUGUUCCAUAGUUAUUCUAUAAGAACUCCAGAAUGAUUUCGACCAAUCACGACCCGUCUUUGUGUUCAGUAUAAACGCUGGUGUGUAGGAAUAUCAGCACCACUCGGAUUAUAAUCAUCCACUUACGCUGCCAAAUUGUAUAACCUUUAGAUAUUAGCACAGGGUUGGUUUUCUUUUAUUUAUUUACAGCAGAGUUUCAUUUCAAUCUUCCCAAAGCGCUUGGGAAUCGUUUAAAGAAAUUUCAUUUCUCCCUCAUUUCGUUCUGUCAUCGAUAACAAGGGUGUCUUCCAGCUUGUAGCUGUUCAUGUAGAUUUGUAAGGAAUAUAUCAUUAGUAGGGCAGUGCAAACGUGGUUUAACCUUCAUUAGGAUAUCGAGUACAUACAGUAAUCUUAGUUAUUCACUAAAUAGAGAACGUUUGAGUGAGCCGGUUACUUUAUUAGCUUAUGUGUCAGGAUAGCGUAAGCUUCGAAACUAUAACGUGUAUAUGCGAUUUAUAAAAAUGUGCGUGCAGGGGUGCUCUCGCGGCAUGCGCUCACGGUGAAUAUUGAGGG